UUCUUUUCUGCGGUUUUCUUGAUUGUGAAGCAUUCCUCUUUACAACCCCACAAAUCCCUUUAGAAACAACAGCCUUGCAAGAAAAGAACCAAGACCUGAACGCACACAAUGUAUUUAAGACCCCAGCCACCACCGCCAGAUCUCAUGCACUUUCAGUACUCAUCUUUUGCACAAUCGCGUUAGCGUCCGUGGGUUUCUGAACAUUCUUUCGCCCCUUUUUAGUCCUCCCUUUUGCUUGUUUGUUGAGCUGAAGCGAUAUUCCGACGAUGGCCGAUCAAAUGAAACCUGUUGCUUCGGUGCUUUUGCUUCUUAACUUUUGUAUGUUUGCCAUUGUUCUGGGCAUCAGUGGGUGGGCUAUGAACAAAGCUAUUGAUCAUGGUUUCAUCAUUGGACCAGGAUUUGACCUUCCAGCGCAUUUCUCGCCGAUUUACUUCCCUAUGGGAAAUGCUGCGACCGGAUUUUUCGUGACAUUUUCUUUAAUAGCCGGAGUCGUCGGAGUCGCAUCAGUCAUCGCCGGAGUCAACCAUGUCCGCAGUUGGAACUUUUAUAGUUUGCCGUCUGCAGCUUCAACCGCUGCGAUUGCCUGGACUCUCACUCUUCUAGCUAUGGGUUUCGCUGCCAAAGAAAUAGAGCUCCGCAUCCGAAACUCUCGCCUGAGAACGAUGGAGGCAUUCAUGAUAAUCCUGUCGGUGACUCAACUUAUUUAUAUUGCAGCAAUUCACGGUGGAAGGUCGAGAUGAAUCACUGAACGUCAGUAUCGUGUGAAGGUUUGAGUGCUUUUGUGUCGUAUUUUUUUUCCUCUUUUCCUCAGGCGUCUUGUAAAAAAGAGGGCAUGGGAUUGUCCCUAUCGCUCGAUUUAUUGUAUUCAUAUCUGAUUUGUGUUGAAUGAAUAAGAGAUCACUUUCAAUCA